AUGUCUGUAUCCACAGAGGAGUUCUUCGUGAAUGGCCCCAAGGACCCCAUUGUGGCAGUGCUGGGUGGGGACACCACACUGCCCUGCUCCCUGUCUCCUCCCAUGAAUGUGGAGAAGAUGGAGCUGCGGUGGUUCCGGUCCAAGUUUUCAGAAGCGGUGUUCAUCUAUCAGAACCAGCAGGAGCAGAAGGAGGAGCAGAUGCCACAGUACCAAGGGCGGACCUCGCUGGUGAGAGAGUUCCUCACUCAGGGAGAGGCGUCUGUACGCAUCAACAAGAUUCGGGUUUCUGACGAUGGGAUGUACACCUGCUUCUUCAAGAAGGGAGAUUUCUAUGAAGAGGCCCCUUUGGAGGUGAAAGUGGCAGGUGUGGGUUCUGACCCUGAAGUACGCAUAGAAGGACAAGAGGAAGAUGGGGUCCGUGUGGUAUGCACGGCUUCUGGGUGGUUCCCGAAGCCCCAAGUUCAGUGGAAAGACCUAAGUGGAGAGAAGUUCCUGGCUUUUUCGGAGGCCCAAGCCCAGGAUGUUGCUGGACUGUUCAGAGUGGAGGCCUCACUGGUGGUGAGAGACAGCUCUGUAGAGAACGUGACCUGCUCCAUCCUCAACCCCAUCCUGGGUCAGGAGAAGGUGAAGGCCAUUUUCAUUCCAGAGCCCUUUUUCCCACAGGUCUCUCCGUGGAUGCCAGCUUUUGCAGUAAGUCUGACCAUACUGAUGCUCCUCAGCUUAGGUGCUGGCUAUUUUCUCAAGAAAGAACAUUCAACAAAGGUGCAGGAGCAGAAGAAUCAGGAGGAUCUUCAGCAGGAAAAGGGGAAAGACAAGAAUGACUUGGAGUUGGCCAUGAAGGAGGCAGAUAUAAGGACUGUGCUCCCUGGGGCAGAAGUGGAAGGUGAUGGGAAGCGGAAUCCUGCCCCUGGGGCUCUCCUGGCCUGGAGUAAGGCCCAGCUGUAUGCAGGGUCUGUCACUCUGGAUCCACAGUCUGCCCAUCGCGACCUUGCCGUCUCUCAGGACAACAUGAGUGUGACCUGGAAGGACAACCAUGAGAACCUGAGUGAUGACAGCUGCAGUGUGUGGGGCACCAAGGGCAUCACGUCAGGGAGAUGUUACUGGGAAGUGGAAGUCAGAGGUGGAGACACAAGCGAGUGGGCUGUGGGGGUUUGUAGGGAAGCUGUGGAUAGGGAUGGGUGGUUCAAAGAGAGCCCAGAAAAGGGCUUUUGGGUUGUGGGAAACUUUUCAGAUGGAUUUUGUGCCUGUAAUAACCCUGAUACAUUACUAACUCUUAGACAGAUUCCCUGCCAAGUGGGGGUUUUCCUGAACUACGAUGGUGGGGAUGUCUCCUUCUACAACAUGACUGAUGGGUCUCAUAUUUUCUCAUUCUCUCAGGUUUCCUUCUCUGGGAUCCUCUUUCCAUAUUUCAUGAUUAGGUCAGGAACCCCAUCUCUUACUAUCUGUUCCAUGAUAGGGCUGUGUCCCCAUAAGGACCUAUCUUAG